ACACGCCUUGCAGAUCUCACCUUGUAUUUCGGGGUGCCAAACCGAGCCUGUUCCGAUAUCUUUGACGUUCCGCUUACGUCAUCGUUGACUGAUCCGUCCGUUAGGACCAACGGAGCCUAUUAACCCUUUUUGCCUCUGUCGUUGCUCAUAACCGCCAUAUUCUAGAUCAGGCAACGCAUUCCGUCGUUCUUCUGCUGGUCUUCGAAUCUCCGCGGAUCAUUGAGUUCUGUCGAUCGGAUUCCGUUUGAUCUUGGCCAGGGGAUCGCAGCUUAUAGUUACAAGUCAGAACGCAUGGGUCGAAAGAAGAAUCAGAAGGGCCGUCAGCAGACCCCCGCUGCUGCUGCAGCGCCCAGCCCAUCUAACACCUCCUCAGCUCCCGCCGCAACUUCCGCCGCUCAGUCCGCCAACGCUCCUCCCGCCAAGACAAGCGCAGCCGAUCCGCCAUCGGCACAACCAGCCGCAGCCGCACCGUCCGCGGACGAUCUUCCGCCGAUCAGCGUGACCUCGCCUUUCCGCGCCACCGCGAGUCGCGAUUCCUGCGACUCUCACGACGCCGACGAAUUCGUCGAGCCGCCGGAGCACUUCAGCGACGGCUCGCGAACGCCGCAUGAUGGUAACCGCACGCCCACCUUCGAAGAAGCUUCCAGCAAAUUCCCGCUCGAAUCGCCGAUGGCGAACGGCAGCAGCGGAGGCGGAGGCGGCGGCGGUGGAGGCGGAAGCGGCGGGUUCGGCGCGCAGGUGGAGGCGGAGAGGCUGAGGCGGCAGCUGGAGGAGAUGGCGCAGCGGUGCCGGGAGUUAGAGGAGGGGAAGCGCGGAUCGGAGGUCGCGCGGAAAAGCGUGCAGCAGGCGAAGAACGCGCUGGAGAAGGACCUGGCGGCGGCCGCGGAGAAGAAGUCGCAGGCGGAAGAGGCAGAGGCUGCGGGGAAGGCGGAACGCGCACGGCUGGCGGAGCUGGUGGCGGCGGCGGAGGGGGAAAUCGCGCGGCUGAAGGGGGAGUUUGCGGGGAAAGAAGCGGAGGCGGGGAAGCUGGGGGGAGAGAUUGAGAACGCGAUGAAAGAGAUAGAAGCUGUAAGGAGCGAGAUGAGUGAAAAGGCGAGGGCUCAUAAUGAGGAGGUGGGGGCGCUGAAGACGGAGAUAGAAGCAGUAAGAAGCGAGAUGAGUGAGAAGGCGCGGGCGAGUGAGGAGGUGGUGGGGGCGCUGAACACAGAGAAGGAGGCUCUGGAGGCGUCUCGCGAUGCGGCGAUCAAGGAGUGCGCGGAAGCCAAGGAGAAAGUAUCCGACCUGUUGAGGUCCUCCACUGAGAUGGCGUCCAGGAUUGACGACCUUACCCGCUCCCAGCAGACGUUAGAGCAAGAAAAGCAGGGCUGGGCGGCAGACGGAGAGAAAUGGGCGGUAGAGAAGAGCAGCUGGGAAGAGGAAAGGGCGAAUUGGGCGGCAGAGAAGCAGAGCUGGGCGGCGGAGCGGGAGAUGUGGGCAGCAGUGAAGGCGGCGAGGGAGAGAGAGAAUGGUGAAUCGGAUGAGGGCAGGAGAGAGUUGGAGCAGCGUCUGGGGGCUCUGAGCGCUCAGCUGGCUGCAGCUGAAGCAGCGAAAGCGGAGGCAGAAGCGGCUAAAGCAGCAGCGGAAGCGGCGAGAGCGGAGGCCGAAGUGGCAAAAGCAGCAGCUGAAGCGGCCAGGGCAGAGGCAGAAGCGGCCAGAGCGGAGGCGGAGAAAACGCUGGAGGGGAAGAAGGGCGAGUCGGACCAGGCCACGAGAGUGGCGGCCAAGGCAGCAGCGUGCCUGGCGGAGCUGCAGAAGAGCCUCACCCAGGCGCAGGUAGAUCUGGCGCAGGCGCACUCCACGCUGCAGGAGAAGGAGGAGCAGGUGCAGGCGAGGGAGGGGGAGGUGAGGGAGGUGAGGCAGGAGCUGGAGGCAGUGAAGGAGAGGCUGGAGGCACUCGAGGUGGAGUUGGAGGCAGCGACCCAGCAGCUUAAGAAGGCAGCAGAGGAGCAGCAGCUGCGGAGCGAGCUGGAAGCUUCUGCAAGUGCGGCUGCUGCAUCGGCUGCAUUGGCUGCAUCGGCUGCGUCUGAUGCGUCUGGGGUUGAGGCGGGGGAGGGUGUGGGGAGCAGGGUGGACCAGCUGGAGGCGAGAGUGGAGGCUCUUCUGGGGGAGGUGGCAUCUGCAGAGCGGGCUAAGGCGGAGGUGGAGGGCAAGCUGGCGAGUGCCGGAAGGGAAAAUGCCAGGCUGGAAGACCUGGCAUCCACCAAGGAGGCUGAAGCCAAGUCCAUGUUCCUCCAGCUCUCCCAGCUCAAGGCAGAUAACGCCUCCCUCAGUAGCGACCUGGCAGGCGCUACAGACAAGGUGCAUGAGCUAGUGGCCAAGAAUCGCCGCAUGGACAAGGACGUGGUAACCGCUGCGGCUGAGGCGGCGUUACGCGAGCAGGAGCAGGGGGGAGGCGGGGCUGGGGGAGGGUGGAGCUCGCUGGCCCUGGUGACAGUGGGUGUGGGCGCGGCUGUGGGGGGGGUUGCGGUGAUGAAAUUCAUGGGGCCACGGGCUUGAGAGGAGAAGGGUGAUCGAGGGAGGAAGAGUUGACUCUUGAGUCGGCUCAAGAGGACUUGGGGGGGGGGGGAGCUCCCUGUCUCCGGUGACGGUGGGUGUGGGGUGGGGGUAGCUGUGGGGGGGUUGCUGUGAUGAGACUCAUGGGGCCGUGGGCUUGAGAGGAGAAGGGUGUUGAGAGUGGAAAAGAUGACUCUCGAGUCAACUCUAAAGAUCUGGGGGAGGGUGGAGCUCCCUGGCUCUGCUGACGGUGGGAAUGGGCGCAGCUCUGGGGGGGUUGCUGUGAUGAGACUCAUGCGGCCAUGGGCUUGAGAGGAGGAAAGUAAACUCUGGGCACGUGAUGAUGGGCUGAUUGACUCGCUGAUUAUCAUGAACCAGUUAUGAUAUUUGUAUACCUUUGGUAACUAUUGUGGUGAUGCCUUGCACAGCUGUCCCUGUUGAGCUGCUCUAACAACCCUUGUUUGA